AUGGUGAAGCAUGCGUCGUCUGAGGCAGCGGCUCCUCCUUCAGAGGUCGCAGCUGCAGCAGCCGUGACGCAGUCGCCAGCAGGAGGGAAGCAGCAGGGCUUGCAUGCUACCUGGGAGGCCCCUCCAGAUGCCGGCGCGUCGACAUGCGUGUCAGGCUCGGAAGGAUCAGUACCCACUGGCAGCCAACAGCAGCAACCGCAAAAACAGCAGGAAGAGCAAAGUAUGCAGCACUCUGCGCAUAACACCGAAAUACAGCCUGAGAGCUCCAGAUCGCCGGAUUCAGAGGCCCCUAUACAGAACCGCCAGAAGCAACAGCCUGAGCACGUGCAACAGCAGAGUGGGCUUUCUCUGCAUGUGGCCGCUCUUCCUCCUUGUCCUACAGCAGCCCUCAGAGGCGCUAGCAGCGACAGUAGUAGCUGCAGCCUCCCUCCGGCACCGACAGCGUCGGAAGGGACCUCUUGUGUUGCAGCCGCACAGGGGCGUCGCGGCAUCAGCAGCAGUAGCAGCUGUUGCAGCAGCAGCUCUAUUGGGGGCGAGCUAAGAGGGCUCAUCAACGCCCUUGCUGCAGCAGAAGACACCUCUGCAGGCGGCGGUGAACUGCAGCAGCUGCUUCAACAAUUGUUGGCGGAGCGGGACCUGUACAAGGCCGCAUUCGGUGCAGCAAAGGAGGAGCUGAAGGAGCUUGAGUGCCGUCAGCAGCACCUGACGCAAGCCCUGAAGCACUCGGAGCACCAGCGGCGACACGAUAGCAUGCAACAACAGCUAGAGGCUGCAGCUGUUGCAGGAGCCUCGGCGGCAUCGCCGCCGUGUCCUUCAUCGGAGGCGGAAGGCGCGGAGCGACGGUGGAAUCCGGAUAGCGACAGCAGCAACAGCAACGGUAGCAGCAUGCCUCGGCAGCAGCAACAACAAGAGGCGUUUCGGGAUGCUAGCGGAGCCCCUCCUAACAGCAGCGGCAGCAGGGCCGACGGUCAGUACGCGUGGCUGCACCAGCUUCAAGCCUGCGUGGCGUCGGGCACCUAUCCGCUUCCUGAUUUGCUCCAAAAAAGCGUCGAGCAACAGCAGCAGUUGAUUAGGCUUGCGGAGGGACUGCAGCAGGAGAGGGAGAGCUAUGUGGAGGCUGUUGCGUGCUUGCACUCUCAAUUGCGCGAAGCCCGUGAAGACGUUUCAUUGUAUCUGUCUGCACACGCCACGCAUGCAGCGGAUUUAACUGCGGAGUCGGAUGAGGCCUUUAGGGCUGCAGACCUGUGGCUACAGUACGCUCUUCGUUUGGGCACCAGCUCCAAGUACUGGGGCUUGGGUGCGCUCCUGCACGUGCAGGAGGCGGCAGCAGCAGCAGCAACGACCGCUGGAAGACUGGAGACGCCUGCCGUAGCCCGUCCAUGCAGAAGUGCGCAGGCAGAAGCGGAAGCCGCAGCUGCAGCAGGCGCUGCGGCUGCAGCUGCACUCGCAAAUGCAUUCGAUCCACCAUCUGGGGUUUCUGUUGCACUGGCAGCUGCAGCCUCAGUCUUUGGCAUGCAGGACGAUGCUCUUGCAGAUGAAGAGGAUCCUGCUGCAGCUGCCGGAGGUGCAAGCGCAGCUGCGGCGGCCGAGCUCGAGCGGCUCUGGUGGGGUCAACCAAGUGACGUCUUCGUUGAAAGGCAGCAGCUCCUGCGGCAGCACAAACAAAGGGAGCGAAACAGUAGGGUUCUAUGGUUUCUAGAGUAA